AUGGCAGCCGCAGCAUCGAAUUACCUCUCCCGGCGGGAGACAUGGAGUCUCUUAGUCCUCGCAGGUGCCUGUCUCGGCGUUCUUGUCAAUACGUUUGAAGGAGAAGGCGCUCCUUUGGUGCCGUCCGUUGCAUUCAGUGGCAUUGCAUUUGCCGUGACUUUCAGCAUGAUAAGAUGGCUUGGUCCUGUCUUUAUUCGAGCGGGCUUGAGUGGAAAAGACAUGGCUAAGCCAGAACGGCCGGUUAUCCCGGAAACUAUGGGAGCUGUAUGUGCUGUUGUGUAUCUCCUGGUGCUCAUCUUCUUCAUUCCCUUUGCUUUCUACAAGGAUAUCGUGGCAGCUACUUCAGGCGGCGGCAACCGCGAUGUUGUCCUUGAGGUUCACCACGUAGAAACAGGCCGGACGCUGCAUAGGUUUCCCCACGAGAGGCUCGCUUCCUAUCUUUCUGGUCUUUUAUCACUUCAAUGCAUUGUCAUUCUUGGGAUCGGCGAUGAUCUCCUUGAUAUCCGAUGGAGACACAAAGUGUUAAUACCGGCUUUCGGUGCCAUCCCAAUGCUGAUGGUCUACUUUGUAGACUUUGGGGUUACGCAUGUUGUUGUGCCAGUGCCCUUGCGGCCGUAUCUCGGCCCCUUCCUAGACCUUGGUUUCUUGUACUACGUCUACAUGGCCGCGGUUGCUAUCUUCUGCCCGAACUCGAUCAACAUGCUGGCAGGAAUUAACGGAGUUGAGGUUGCCCAGUCGCUUGUGAUCGCGGUCUUACUGAUGAUCAAUGAUGCGCUAUACCUGAUCACGCCGUUCCGGCACCCUGCGACGGAUUCCCACCUCUUCUCUCUCUACUUUCUGCUCCCGUUUGUGGGAGUUUCGCUGGCACUUCUGUGCCACAACUGGUACCCGUCCAAAGUAUUUGUGGGAGACACAUACUGCUACUUUGCCGGUAUGGUUUUUGUCGUCGUCGGAAUACUGGGACAUUUCAGCAAAACCCUGCUGCUGCUGUUCAUACCUCAGAUCUUCAACUUCGUCUACUCAGUUCCGCAGCUCUUCCACAUCAUCCCUUGUCCCCGACAUAGACUUCCAAAGUUUAAUGCGAAGACUGGGCUCGUCGAUGCGUCUGUGACCGAAUGGGAAGUUCCUCCUUCACCAUUGGUCGCGGUGACUCUGGAAUUGCUGCACGGCCUUCGCCUGGCACGGAUAAAAAAGAACGAGCGUGGCCAGAUUAUCGAAUCAAGUAACCUGACAAUUCUCAACUUGUGGUUGGUAUGGAUGGGACCCAUGAGAGAGGAUCGGCUGGCGUUGAGCAUGGUGGCCGUCCAGACUGUAUGUGGACUUUUUGGGCUGUUUGUGCGCCACUGCUUAGCAUUGUUGGUGUUCCCGUCAGACAACAGAGCACUCGGGGUUAUAUUAUAG